AUGCCGUCUUACGUAGUGACUGGAGCUUCAAAAGGCCUUGGGUUCGCCUUCAUAAAGCAGCUCGCCUCAGAUCCGGCCAACACAGUUGUGGGAAUUGUUCGAGACAUGGUGGCUACUGAGGAAAAGCUGAAAAAGCAUGGCAUCCAUAAUGUCAAAAUCUACGCAGCGGAUAUUACCGAUUUACCUGCGCUCGAGGCUGCCGCAACAGAGAUCCAGAGGACAGUAGGCGGUAUUGACUAUCUCAUAGCAAACGCCGCUUUCGUGUCGGGUGUAACGUCGUUGCGGAAUCUUUCAGAUUUUGCUGGAAGGCCAGAAGUGCUACGAAAGGACAUGAUAGACUCGUUCUCUACCAAUGUUGUCGGCUUUAUCAAUACGGUCAAUGCCUUCAUUGCUGGAGUCCGCACAGGGCAGGUCAAAAAAGUCAUCGCAAUUACGAGCGGUAUGGGUGAGAUUGGCUUCAAAGCGGGAGUAAACAUGGCAAUAGCUAAGUACAGCGCAAUCUAUCGACAAGAGGGAAUUCUUGUUUUUGGUAUUUGCCCAGGAUCGAUUGAUACCGAUGCACAAAAUGCUAGCAACCUGAAUGAAGAAGACCUGAAAAGACUACAAGCGGUUGGAGCAAAAACUAUUGCCUAUGCGCCACACUUCAAAGGACCGGUUUCAGCUGAGGAGGCUGCUAAGAGAGUCUUGGCUAUCGUGGAAAUGGCAAGAUUUGGGGAUGGGAAAGCUGGGACCACAAUCUCUCAAACCGGGACUGAUAGAUAG